CAUAACCUCCGAAAAACCGAUGUGAACCGCCGUCAACAAAAACUGGCGAAUCAUUUACGUUUCAGUGAAUGAAUCAAUACCUUCUUCCUGUUUGUUCUCGGUAUUUAUCAACAGCUAGUGGUUCAAGAAGCAUGUCUAAGGAAAUACAGCUGUACGAACUCGCCGAACAGGACUACAAUGUCCUGGAGGAAAAGAUUUCGGCGAACCCGGGACUAAUCACUAUGAAGGAUACAAAUGACCGCUUCCUGUUGCACUGGGCAGCUCUCCGAGGUCGAGAGCUGCUCGUGGAGGAACUACUGAAGAAGGCCCCCGACCAGCUGGAAGCCACUGAUGAUACCAAUGCCACUCCUUUGAUUCUGGCAACGCUAGGCGGACAUCUGGGUACCGUUCGAUUGCUUGCAGCGAAAGGUGCUUCGGUAAACCAUAAAAAUUGGCAGGGUCAUUCAUCUCUUCAGUACGCUUGUUCCAAAGGACACACCGAGAUUUGCAAAUUUCUCGUGGAGCAUGGGGCUGACAUCAACAUCACCGACAACCGUAGCGACACACCGUUGCAUCGGGUCGCGUCACAGGGCCGGCUGGAACUGCUACGGUAUCUUCUGGAGCAUUCCGCUAAAGUCGAUAUCCAAAAUGCCGAGGGAAACACACCGCUGGCUAUUGCCUGCGAGGAUGAGCAAAAUUCUUGCGCCCUGUUGCUGGUAGACCAUGGUGCUUCCGUGACGGUGCAGAAUAAGGAGAAAAAGACACCGCUUGACCUGGCGAAGCCAGGUUUGCGACGCAAUCUGAAGACGAAGCUCGGUAUUGCGGAUGAUGAGUGAAUGGAAAUAAAAAAGCGUUUGAUUUACUUU